AUGACACAAGUGGAACUCGAAGAGCUUCGGCAGCUCGUGCCAAAAUUGAUGAAAUUGUUCCAUCAAAUCGAAGCAAACUCCGAUAAGUUCGAGAAGAGACUCGACUCGCUCGAGGCGGGCUUCGGUACGCGGCUCGAUUCGCUCCACGAGGAUCUCACCACUAGAUUCGCUUCGGCCGAGUCGGGAUUUGAUACGAGCUCCGACACCUUUGCAGAGCAGGUUGGCCCUCCCGAAGAAAGCGUUGAACUCCCUGAGACGACCAAGGAAAUUCCUCCUCAUGACCCAGCUGAGAUUUAUUGGGGCAUUUUUGGUGUUUUUGUUCACUUCGUCGUCCAUCGGGCACGUGUAUCCAUCGAGCAUGUUUUGCGAUUUAUCGCCACCAUGCGGUACCAGGAUGAAUAG